AUGGACGGCAUCCGUGUCCUGGCUCGCCCCUAUCUGAAGGGCACUGACGCCGCCCCAGAUGAAGGCACAGGCGGACCGCACCUGCAGUCUGUGGCGCAUGGCGGGGCAAGCUGUUCUGCGCCACCGUCAUCCCCAGCUUCGACGACAGCAAAGUCCCCGGCCGCCCGGCGCCGCGCCCGACGGUCGCGCGCUAUGACGGCGCGACCUAUCGCACGCUGUGGACGCCGCGAUCCGCCACGAGCCGAUUGGGUGCUCGUGACCGGAUUUCAACGAAUGGCAUGGGGGUCGAGAUCGAACCGUCACCGAACAGGGCGACCGCUAUCUGGCCCAGACGGCGCAAGCCGCACGCUGAUUCAUGGGGCGUGGGCGGAUGCGCAUCCUUCAUGUCGCUCGGUCUAUCCCCGCACGUCGUCGGGUGGCGCAGGAGAAGGUCGUCGCCAUGCUCGCCGAGGCGCAGGUGCAGCGCGGACAUCAGGUGGGCGCGGCCUAUCUGUCGCGCAAGGCGCAAAGAGGCGGGCGAGCGACACAACGUCACCGUCCUGCCAUAACGCAGCCGCAACCUAG